UGCCUCUGCCGGGGAUGGAGCGGGGAGCAGCGGCGGGGCGAAGGGCCAAUUUGCCUGCAGGAGCUCGGCGGCGCUGAGCGCUUCCAUGGAGCGGGCGAGGGCGCAGGAGACCCGCGCGACACCAGGUUUGCAGCUCCUGGGUACAGUGAGAUUUUUGCUAUGACUGCAGCACAACCUGUCUCCACCCUUAGCCAGGACGCCACCAUAGAAGACACUCCUGGGGUCUCCUUUCUCCUCUACAUGCCAUCAGCCCCAGAGCAUCAUGGGGAGCGUCAGUAGCCUUAUCUCUGGCCACAGCUUUCACAGCAAGCACUGCCGGGCCUCCCAGUACAAGCUCCGCAAGUCGUCCCACCUGAAAAAGCUGAACAGGUAUUCAGAUGGGCUGCUGAGGUUUGGCUUCUCUCAAGACUCCAGCCACAACAAGUCCAGCUCCAAAGGCAACAAGAAUGAGGACUUCUUUUACAUCAAGGUCAGCCAGAAAGCCCAUAGCUCCCACCGGACGGAUUACACAUCACUUUCCAGCGGGGAUCUGGGCAGCCAGGCAGGGGCAACUGGCAUGGACUUUGGCACACCCACUCCUCAGAAACUGAUGCCAUUUUCCAAUCAGCUGGAACUGGGCCCAGAGAAGGGUGUUAUAAGGCCAACUGCCUUCAAGCCAGUGAUCCCCCGCUCAGGUGCAAUCCUCCACUCCUCUCCGGAAAAUGGCAGCCACAUCUCCCAGCAGCUGCACCCUCCAGAGAAAGCUAAAGAUCAAGAACUCAAGCCCAUGUUGUGCUCUGGAGGUUUGUCGGACUCCGGCAGGAACUCUAUGUCCAGCCUCCCAACCCACAGCACCACCAGCAGCUACCAGCUGGAUCCUCUGGUCACCCCUAUGGGGCCCAUCAGCCGCUUCGGGGGCUCAGCCCACAACAUCACCCAGUGCACUAUCAUACAAGACAGCAACAUGAUGAGCCUCAAGGCGCUGUCCUUCUCCGACAGCGGCAACAAGAUCCUCAACCCUGGAAAAGCUGCCCACCACCACCACCACGAGAAAGCCUCCUGCAUCCGGUCUCCCAUCUCCACAGAUGAGUCCACCAUCCAGGAGCUGGAGCAGAAACUGCUAGAGAGGGAAGGGGAGCUGCAGGAACUGCAGUGCAGCUUUGAGGAGAAGGAGGCCACCUCCUGCCAGGCCUAUGAAGAAAAGCAGAGGCGCUGCAAGGAAGAGCUGGAGGGGCUGAAGCAGAAAUGCAACAACAAGUUCAAGCAAACCUCUCAGAAGAUGCAGCGGACCCAGCAGGUGCUGCACCUCCAAGUGUUCCAGUUGCAAAAGGAGAGGAAGCAGCUUCGUGAGGAGCUGGAGAAGCUCAUGAAGGAGCAAGACCUGCUGCAGACCAAGUUGAGGUCCUAUGAGAAAGAGAAGACCAGCUUUGUCCCAGCGCUGGAAGAAACUCAGUGGGAGGUGUGUCAGAAGUCUGGUGAAAUCUCCCUCCUGAAGCAGCAGUUGAAGGACUCCCAGAUGGAGCUCAAUGCCAAGACAAGCGAGAUCCUCAGCCUGAAAGCCCAGCUGAAGGAUGUGAGGGGGAAGAUGGAGGGACUGGAGAUGAAAACCCAGGACCUGGAAGACUCCCUUCGCACCAAGGCCGUGGAGCUGGAGGUAUGCGAGAACGAGCUCCAGCGCAAGAGAAAUGAGUCAGAGCUGCUGAGGGAGAAGGUGAACCUGCUGGAGCAGGAGAUUAUGGAGCUCCGGACGGAGCUGACCAUCCUCAAGGAGCAACGGAGCGAUGGGAGGGAUGGGAUGGCCUCUGCCAGCCCAGCUGUGGGGAUGAUGGAGGAUGUCCAAGCCCUGCAGGGGGAUGUGGAUAAGCUGAAGACGGAGCUGAAGGAGGAGAGAGACAAGAAUGAGCAGAUGACUUCUGGCUUCCAGCAUGAGCGACAGAUCUGGAAGGAGGAGAAGGAGAAGGUGAUCCAUUACCAGAAGCAGCUGCAGCAGAGCUACCUGCACAUGUACAAAAGGAACCAGAACAUGGAGAAGAUGCUCCAGCAACUGGCUGCUGGGGGAGACGGCAGAGAGCCCAUCGACCUGGAUAUCCAUGGCACCGACGUCCCCUAUGAGGACAUCAUAGCCACGGAGAUCUAACGAGACUCGCUGCCUCUCCCCCGCCCCACCUCACAGCAGCGGGGAGGAGUGUCUCUUUCAGGCAAGGACUGAGCGGCACAGCCCCAUGGGUCUGUUCAUGCCAGACAGCCCAUAUACAGUUUGGAUGAGCCAUGUAUGUGUUAGCCAAGCUGGUUGCCCAGCCAGCUCAAGAGCCCCUGGUGUGGCACCAUGAUGGUGCCCCAAGCUGCCUGUCAUGUUGUGGAGGUGAAAAAAAGCAACUCCUGCUAAUGGUGACGUGCUGGCAUCUGCCCUUCGUGUCUGAUGCUUCCUCAUCAGGAUGCUGGUCACCCACUUGUAGGACUGAGAAACAGGAGGUGGGGUGGGGGGGAGAGUUGGGGAUUGGAACAGGAGUUUAGCAAAUGAUUCUGCAAUCAGGGAAUAAAGUGACACACUGGCCAAAAUCUCCCAGGGGUGCAGAAGGGGCCAUUGGGUCACAGUGACUGAGGAAACCGGCCCCCUCCAGUGUGUAACAAACACAUUGGUCCAGUCCCUGGAAGAAAGUGGCCAGGGAUACACUCCUCCUCCUGAGCACCACAGGAAAUAAUGCCUCAUUUCAACCACUGAGCCCGGGCCCAAGGGCUAAGCAACACAAUGAGCCAAUCAAAAAAUCUGUUUAUCUUCCUCCAGGGGAUUCUGGUGUCUAGGAUUUGCAGGUUUUUAAUCCCUCUGCAGCUUGAGUCCAGUGGAACCCAUCCAGACUCCAGUCCCUACAGGCCAAGGUGGUAUUUUUGCCAUGCCAGAGACUUGGAUUAGCAUCUCAGAUCUGCUUCUUCGCUCCUUAGGUUAACAUGACCUCAAGAAUGACCACCCAACUAGCUAGUUCAGGACCAGGGACCAAAGGAAGCCCCAUCCAUUUCUUCUUGGCUAGCAGGAUGAUGGUAAGUAUGUUGGAGGAAGGUCUGGAAAUUAGAAGAUGCCUCCCUGUCUCUGACAGGGACGAGGAUGAGGAUGGAUCCCGUGCCCUCAGACAAAAAAGAAACAAGUUCUUAGAACUGCCAGUAGGACCAAUCUCCAGGGAGCCCUAGCUGACAGUGCUUAUCAGUUCAGCUUUGUGCCGCCCCAAACUGCUUCAUGCCAAUGAGGCCAUGACUUUAACAAGCCUGACUGUCUCGCCUCCAGAGCUGGUCAGAAAAUGCUGAAAAAGAGUCUUCACAAAAAAACGUUGAAUAUUUCAUCAUAAUUUUCAUCCGGCAGGUUUCCAAAAGGAACCUUUUUUCACCUAUUCUAAAGCUUUUGCAAAAUGUUUUUAUUGCAAAUGUUCAGUUUUGAAAAUUAUGAGUUUAGAAAAUUUUCAGCGUUUCAGUUUUAGAACCCAGUCCCUGCCCCCUCCCUCCUUUUGUCAUUAAAAAGAGAAGGGGAGAAAAAGG